CCAGGAUUUUGAUGAUUAACAAGGAUAUAUAUUAGUUUGGCCUUAGAUUCGUAAUUAAGGAGUCAUACAUUAUCAAUGUUAUACGUAUAAAUGUACACUUUAUACCUACAGUAUCAACCAUGGUCGACCUCACGAAUUGUGUGGCAUUAUUUCUUCUGGUUUUCGUCCCAUUCUGCGUGACGACCCCCGUUCCAGACACCGCCCCAUGUUCCUUAACAGUUUGGAAUCGAGCGACGUUUGACAACGUCACAAAAACAAAACUGAAUGUUCGGGAGGGUGCGACAGUGUCCCUCUCGUGCGAGUACCGCUGUCCCGGGGCUGAGAAAGGAAAACCACCUGAGAUUGAAUGGUUGGGACCCGGAUAUACCCGGAUAAGGUCCACAAAAGGAAGGAUAUUUGUUGAUCCGGGAGAGACGCCAAGGAUUAAGUUAUUGUAUGUCCAUUCCAUCAGCGCCGACAAUAUCGGGCUCUACACCUGUCAUGCCCGGGGUGGCCCAUCCGUACACGCAGAGCUGGACAUGGAGGUGCAGGCUAAAGAGUUCACUAACCUGGAUUUGACGAGAGGGGAGGACAGGCCGUCUGAUGAGGACAGGUUUUUACCAUAGUGACCACGCAGUUAUAGAACAACGAACAUCAAAUUCAGUUUUUUCACAAUAUUUAAAAUACAAAAGAUGUACAUGACACGUAUGUCAAUGUAUGAUUAUUUGAUCGCUCGCGCCAAACGCCACAUGUAUCAUGUAUACCGUGUAAACAAAUAAAAGUUAAGAGGGUAAAUACACCAGAUGUUCAGAAUUUGUAUGAUAAAAUUCUUAACUGUGCAUGAACAUCUCUUAGUUUUCAUUUAAUUUCGAUUGAUAUGCAUGUAUUGUCUCGAUAUCAAUUUGGAAACAUGUUCGGAAUUCGUUGUUCGCUUCGCGAGUAGCUAUAUCCGGUGUACGAUGAAUAGACGUGGUGUUGUGGAGUAUAUCAUACACUGUGUUUCGCUUCAGCACUAGCACGUGUUUCUUCGAUAUGUAGAAGCAUAGGAAACGCAGAUAAAUGGCUACCUGUGACGUUUUGGUGUCUAGUAAGAAAUGUACUAUUUUGCAUUUAUCAAAUAACUGACGAGUACAAUCACAGAACUUUAUUUUUAUCUCAACAAGGCCUUGUCAAAGAUUAAAUGUUAGAUUUUA